AUGAUGUUUCUCCUAGAGUCCCACCUGAACGUUGUCGCUACCGACGUCGUUCCAUUGCUUCUUUUGUUCGCUUCCGUCAGCGUCCUCGCGAUCGUCGUAUAUCGACUUCAUUUCCAUCCGCUUUCAAGAUACCCCGGCCCAUUCUGGGCCCGCAUCACAUCAUUUCCUUCGUACUGGCAUACUCUCAGACAAGAUCGACACAUUUGGCUUUGGCGUCUGCAAGAGGAGUACGGCCCAUCAUUUCGAUACCGCCCUGACAGCGUCCUCGUCAACACCCCCUCAGCAUAUGCCCACAUCUUCGGGCCCAAGGGGAACGUGAAGAAAGGAUUAUACUACCAAGUGUGGCCUCGCCACGCCAAAGCCAUAACAACAUGGAAUAGCAUCGAUUCCGCCACUCACAGCCGCAAGCGGCGCGUGCUGAACUAUGCCUUCUCGUCGAAGGCACUCCGCUCCGCAGAGCCGUUCGUGCUGUCCAACACGAACAGAUGGUGCGAGCUGCUUGACCAGGAGGUCAGCGCUGGCGGAGAGUGGUCCGGAUCCGUCAACAUGACUGACUGGGUCAACUACCUCGUCUUUGAUAUCCUGGGCGACCUGUGCUUCGGCAAGUCUUUCAACAUGAAAGAACCAAACGGGCCCAUGAAGGAAGCACCAGAUCUGAUGGCGGACAUGGUGAAGCUCAUUCAUCCGAUUGCCUUCGCGCCUUUCACCUCGUUCUGGGUCUGGCUGAAGCCAAGAGGCCUGGACUCGCUCCUCGCCGUGGCCACCCCUCCACCUGUGAAGAAAUGGGGCGACUUCGUGACUAAGUGCCUCUCCGACCGCACGCAGGCGGAACAGGAAGCGCAGAGGCGACUGGUCAACGAUCCGGACUUCGAAGUGCGAAAAGACUUCUUCCACUAUCUAUUCCACGCGCAGGACCCGCAGACGGGAAGAGGCUUCCCCAUGGAAGAGCUGUGGGGCGAAGCAGAGUCCCUAAUCAUUGCAGGCUCGGACACUACGGCGAUCGUACUCACGGCCAUGUUCUUCUACCUGGCGCGGAAGCCCGAGAUUCAGGCCAAGCUCGCCGAGGAAGUCCAGUCCGCAUUCCACAGCUUCGACGACAUAUCAGCAGGCCCAAUACUCUACGGAUGCCAGUACCUGAAAGCUUUCAUCCAGGAGUCCCUACGCAUGGCACCGCCCGUCGGCGCCGAGCUGGAGCGCGAGGUUCUCAAGGGCGGCACAAUCGUCGACGGCGAGUUCAUCCCCGAGGGAAUGAACGUCAGCAUCGGCCACUAUUGCAUGAGCUACAACAAAGACAUCUUCCCCGAGCCGCUGGCCUUCCGGCCCGAGCGGUGGAUUGUGAGCGAGAAGGUCCCGGCCGAGAGCGUUGCGCUGGCCGAGAGCGCGUUUUGCGCCUUCUCCACGGGAAACAGAGGCUGCCCGGGAAAGAACCUGGGGUGGCUUGAGAUGAUGAUCGUGAUGGCAAAGAUCAUUUACAAGUUCGAGGUGCGGAGGGAUUUUGCCAACAAUCUCGGGGGCGGUAGUCCUGAGGGCAGGGUCGGACGCCAGAAUGUGGACCAGUAUCAGACGUACGACGCGUUCGUGUCUCUGAGGGAUGGUCCGAUGGUGCAGUUCAAACGAAGGCAGCUGGUCUGA